AUGACGUCAAUUGGUACGGGCUACGACCUUUCCAACUCGGUCUUUUCGCCCGAUGGCCGCAAUUUCCAGGUUGAAUACGCCGUGAAGGCUGUCGAGAACGGAGGCACAGCUGUCGGCAUCCGAUGCAAGGACGGUGUUGUGUUGGCAGUGGAAAAGAUCAUCACGAGCAAGCUCCUGAAGCCCGGCGCUAAUAAGAGAAUCGCGACCGUCGAUCGUCAUGUCGGAAUUGUUUCUGCUGGCCUCGUCCCCGACGGCCGCCAUUUCGUUUCCAGAGCCCGAGACGAAGCUUCCUCCUGGAGAGGCGUCUACAAGGGACCCAUCCCGACCUCCGCACUCGCCAACCGCCUCGGCGGCUACGUACAAGCCUACACACUCUACUCAAGCGUACGACCAUUCGGCACAACCGCCAUCGUCGGCGGCUGGGACAGCGAGGCAGAACUAGCAGUCGACGGCCAGGUCGGCACCGGGCCGGCCUCUGGUUCUGGCGGCAAGGUCGAGGGUGCUAAGGGUGGUGGUCCGGGACUAUACAUGAUUGAGCCCAGUGGACUCUAUUGGGGCUAUUACGGCGCAGCAACCGGUAAAGGCCGACAAGCCGCGAAAGCCGAACUGGAAAAACUCGACCUAAGCUCCGGCAACCUCUCACUCGCGGACGGCGUGAAGGAAGCAGCUCGGAUCAUCUACGUCGCGCACGAGGAUAGCAAGGACAAGGAAUUCGAGCUCGAGAUGUCAUGGAUUUCCUCGGUUGAUGGUCCGACUAAGGGCCGCCAUGAGGAAGUCCCCAAGGAAUUGCGCGAGGAGGCGGAGAAGGCUGCGAGAAGGGCCUUGGAGGGCGAGGACGAGGACGAAGAGGAGAAGAUGGAGGAGUAA